AUGGAUAUCCCAUGGAUGUUCCUCCUUCUCUUUCCUUUCCUCCCUCUGUCUGAUUUACCGCCCAUCGGGCAUUUUUUGGUCGAAGCGAAAUCUGGCUCCCGUCUUCAACCAGCCAUGACUGGCUCUCGAGGUCAUGGAUUAAUCCCGAUCCUGGUCCACUUUGGAAGAGGGGGCCAAAAUGCCAAUGGCCCCCAAGGCCCCCAAAGCCAAAAAGUGCUUCGCAAAGCCCCCUUGGUGAUCCUGCUGGGCGCUUCGGGGCCGGUUCAGAGUCUGACCUGGCCUGUUGAUUGGGGAGAAAGUGUUUUCAUCAACGCCGAACGGGUGUGCGGAAGUCAGCUUUGGCUCGGUUUCAGCUGGCGCUUGCAGGUGUCUCUACUCUCUACUCUCUAG